AUGGCUGGGGACACUGGCAUGUCCGGGAAGGUGGCACUGCUCCUGUGGGCCCAGACCCUCGGCCUCACUGGCACCCAGACCACCCAGCUCCUCGUGGAGCCCCCCUGGAGGCCGGCGGUGCUGUGGGACCGGGUGACACUGACCUGCCAAGGCUCAGGGACUGCUGAUGCCACCACCUGGUACAGGGAUGGGCAGCACUGGGGGCAGGAGGAAAAGGACCACCUCACUGUGACCGAGAGCGGCACCUACACGUGUGACAGACCCGGCAGUGGGCUGAGCCCCCCUGUGAGCAUCUUAGAUGAUGAGCUGGUUCUGCAGGUGCCAGCACGGACACUGCUGGAGGGGGACACGGUGACGCUGCGCUGCCGGGGCCAGGGGAACAGCACAGUCACCAAGGUGCAAUUUUACCGGGAUGAGAAUAAUCUGAUGGGGUCCAUCAAUGCGACCGAGCUGUCCCUGUCCCCUCUGCAGCUGAACCACAGUGGCCGCUACAGCUGCAGGGGCUUGGUGGGGUCCUUUAUUUCACGUUCAGCAGCAGUGACAGUGACAAUGCAUGGUGAGCAUCCCCUUCAGCUGGAACUCCAAUCUCCUGACACCCCCAAAGCCACUUCCCAGUGGACUCAGAGUCACAGUCCUCACCUCCCCUCUCCUUCCCUGAGCUCUUCCUGGUGCCAAGGCUGGAGGGUCCCCCCGAGCUCAUCAUGGGGUUGCCCAUGACUCUCA